AUGCCCCAAGAAUACCUCCUCAAAGACCUCUCCACCCUCUCCUCCAUCCCGAACAUGGAAAAAGUCGAAGCCGAAGUCGACGGCAUCCAAGACGGCAAAGUGCUCGUCGUCCGCGUAAACGACAAAUACCAUGCCAUGAGCCCCCGCUGCACGCACUACGGCGCUCCUUUGAAACUGGGCGUCGUGUCUCCGGAUGGACGGAUUACUUGUCCGUGGCACGGGGCGUGUUUUAAUGUGAGUAGUGGGGAUGUGGAGGAUGCGCCGGCGCCGAAUGCGUUGGAGAAGUUUGAGGUUUUUGAGAGGGAUGGCGGGGUUUGGAUUAGGGCAGAUGAGGAGAAGGUUAAGGCUGGGCAGAGGAAUCCGGUUGUUAGGGGGGUUGCGGAGGGGGAGGGGGGUGUUGUUGUUGUUGGCGGUGGGAGUGGUACCCUUGGCCUUGUCCAGGCUAUUCGGGAAUUGAAGUAUAAAGGACCCGUCACUGUCAUCUCCAGAGAACCGAACCUUAUCAUCGACCGCACCAAGCUGUCCAAGGCCCUAAUCCCCGACCCCGAGAAACUCCUCUGGCGACCUCGCGAGUGGUAUGAGAAUGCAGCCAUCAACACCGUCUCAGACGAAGUGACCUCCGUCGACUUCAACCAAAAGAUCGUCAAAACCCAAUCUGGUAAAACCUACCCAUACACCAAACUCGUCCUCGCAACCGGCGGCGUCCCCCGUGCCCUCCCCCUCCCCGGCUUCAAAGACCUAGCCAACAUCUUCCUCCUCCGCUUCGUAACAGACGUGCAAGCUAUCCUCUCCGCCGUCGGCGAGCAAAAGAACAAGAAAAUCGUCGUCAUCGGCAGCUCCUUCAUCGGCAUGGAAGUCGGCAACGCCCUCGCCAAGGAAAACUCCGUCACAAUCGUCGGCAUGGACAAAGUCCCCAUGCAAUCCAUCAUGGGCGAACAAGUAGGCCGCAUCUUCCAAUCCAAUCUCGAAAAAGCAGGCGUCACUUUCAAACUCUCCGCCUCCGUCGACAAAGCAACACCCUCCUCCUCCUCCUCCUCAGACCCUAGCAAGGUCGGCGCCGUGCAUCUAAAAGACGGCACCGAGCUCCCAGCCGACCUAGUCGUCCUGGGCGUCGGCGUCCGCCCAGCAACAGACUUCCUGCAGAAUAACCCCGCCAUAACCCUCGAAAAAGACGGCUCCAUCAAAACAACCGAACACUUCGCCGUCCCCGGCUUGAACGAAGAUGUCUACGCCAUCGGCGACAUAGCCACAUACCCCUACCACGGGCCCGGCACAGACCCAGGCACGGGAACCCACACGCGCAUCGAACACUGGAACGUCGCGCAGAACGCCGGCCGCGGCGUCGCCCGCUGCAUCACUCACGGCCCCUCCCCGCUUAAAACCCUUAAACCCAAAACCUUCAUCCCCAUCUUCUGGUCCGCGCUGGGCGCGCAGCUGCGGUACUGCGGGAAUACGCCUAAGGGGUGGGAUGGGGUGGUGGUGAAGGGGGAGCCGGAGAAUGCGAAGUUUGCGGCGUUUUAUUGUCUGGGGGAGACGGUUGUUGCUGUUGCUAGUAUGGCGAUGGAUCCGGUUAUGGUGAAGAGUGCGGAGUUGAUGAGGAGGGGGGGGAUGCCGAGUAAGGCGGACAUUGAGGGGGGUGUUGAUGUUUUGGGGGUUGGGGUGCCGGAGAGUGUUAAAAUUUAG